GGUACGGUAGAAACGCGGGUUCGGCCGAGUGGUGCGCGGAACCGUUGUAAAAUUAAAAAAAAAGAAAAACAGAAAAACGACGAGAUAGCCGUGUCGGUUACGUGACGCUGCGUCGAGAUGAGCGGGUUACUGAAGCUGUCGCCUUUGCUCGCGAGAAAUACUCGCGCGACAUCGUUGAAUAACUUGGGCCUACCAGUUCUUACAAACCGUAAAUUCCAUUAUACACCAGAUGGUAAAGCAGCAAAAACAUCAGACGCUAUUUCCAAACAAUAUCCCUUGGUGGACCAUACGUAUGAUGCUGUUGUCGUGGGUGCUGGUGGAGCAGGAUUGCGUGCUGCCUAUGGUUUGGUUGCAGAAGGCUUCAAAACAGCUGUUGUUACCAAAUUAUUUCCAACAAGAUCGCACACGGUUGCUGCUCAAGGUGGUAUCAAUGCAGCUUUGGGUAAUAUGGAAGAUGAUAACUGGCAAUGGCACAUGUAUGAUACCGUCAAGGGAUCUGACUGGCUUGGUGACCAGGAUGCUAUUCAUUACAUGACUCGUGAGGCCCCAAAGGCAGUCAUUGAACUGGAAAACUGUGGCAUGCCUUUCAGUCGAACCACCGAUGGUAAGAUUUACCAACGUGCUUUUGGCGGGCAGUCCCUAAAGUUUGGGAAAGGUGGUCAAGCUCACAGGUGUUGCUGUGUAGCUGAUAGAACGGGUCAUUCUUUGCUUCACACUUUGUACGGUCAGUCAUUAAGCUACGACUGCAAUUACUUCGUUGAAUAUUUCGCUCUGGACUUGCUUAUGGAGGGUGGAGAAUGUAGAGGCAUAAUCGCUCUGAACUUGGAAGAUGGUACUCUCCAUCGUUUUCACGCUAAGAACACAGUAUUAGCCACAGGAGGCUAUGGACGCGCGUACUUCUCCUGUACAUCCGCCCACACGUGCACCGGAGACGGUACUGCGAUGGUAUCUAGAGCGAAUUUGCCAAAUCAGGAUUUGGAAUUCGUACAGUUUCAUCCAACCGGAAUCUACGGCGCUGGUUGUCUCAUCACAGAAGGUAGCCGCGGCGAGGGAGGCUACCUCGUAAAUAGUGCAGGUGAAAGGUUUAUGGAACGUUAUGCGCCAGUCGCGAAAGAUCUCGCCUCUAGGGAUGUAGUAUCUAGGUCUAUGACUAUUGAAAUCCGGGAAGGCAGAGGGGUCGGUCCUGAGAAAGAUCACAUCUUCUUGCAACUUCAUCACUUGCCACCUGAACAGCUGGCAGCCAGAUUACCCGGUAUCUCGGAAACGGCAAUGAUAUUUGCAGGAGUCGAUGUAACGAGAGAACCUAUCCCUGUCAUUCCAACGGUACAUUAUAACAUGGGAGGAGUACCAACGAACUAUAAAGGGCAGGUUUUAAUAAGAACGAAUAACGAGGACACAGUUGUACGUGGACUUUAUGCUUGCGGAGAGUCCGCUUGCGCAUCCGUUCAUGGUGCUAAUCGUCUCGGUGCUAAUUCACUGCUGGAUUUAGUCGUCUUUGGACGUGCUUGUGCUAAGACAAUUGCAGCAGAAAACACACCCGGACAAGCUAUUGGACCACUUAAACCUAAUGCCGGCGAAGAGACUGUGGCUAAUUUAGAUGCGAUCAGAAAUGCAAAUGGUAGCAUUGCUACCGCAGACUUGAGACUAAGUAUGCAAAAGACUAUGCAGACCCACGCGGCUGUAUUUAGAACGUCUGAAACGUUGCAAGAAGGAUGCCAGAAGAUGUCUGUUCUUUACAAGAAAUUGAAUGAUCUUAAAGUGUCCGACAAAUCAAUGAUAUGGAAUUCCGACCUCGUGGAAACCCUCGAAUUGCAAAACUUAAUGAUAAAUGCAAUGCAAACGAUAGUAGGCGCCGAGAAUAGAAAAGAAAGCCGUGGCGCGCAUGCGCGUGAAGAUUUCAAAGAUAGAAUCGACGAAUACGAUUAUAGCAAGCCGACAGAAAACCAACAACCAAAACCGCUAGAACAACAUUGGCGGAAGCACACACUUACGAAGAUUGAUCUGAGAACAGGAAAUGUGUCGAUUGAUUACAGGCCAGUAAUAGAUAACACUCUAGACAAAAAUGAAUGUACGACGGUCCCACCCGCGAUUCGUUCCUACUAGAUUCAUUUUCAAAGUAAAUAUGUACAAUUUUUAGCUAUCCCUUAACCCUUCCAUUAUUAAAUUUCUUUUCGGUCAUACCACGUUUUACUAAAUUCGUUGUUGGUACGACAUUUUCAUUUCUACAGAGGAAGGACGACGAGGCAAAGUUACCGAUAUUCUAUCAUUAUGAUGCAGCAGCUUAUUUAUUAUGCACGUGAAUCACGUCGUGCACCAAAGUUUAAUUCUUGUCAAAUACUUGCACGCGUUGCGAGCGAGAUUAGUUGUCCUUGUAGGAUGAAUGGUGCUGAGAUUGUCUAUUAUCUCAAAGAAGAGUUUGAUCGAUCUCUUAGCGAAAUCAGUGCUACCUUUAUUAUGUAACUAAUAGUAAAAUAUUAGCGUGAUUCAGGCAGCAAAUUCACGCACAGAUCUUUUAAGGAGGAACGUUCUCCCCCCCAGACCUGUAUACAAAGUAUUCAACACUGUUGUUUAUAAAUCUCUGCGGAGCUAUCUGUCGUUUGUUGGCUUUAUAAACUUAAUAAUACGUAUACUCAGUAAUACGGUAUACUCAAUAAAAAAAAAAAAAAAUAAGAAUUCUUUCAACGAAAGAUUUUGUACUGUGAAUUAUGAGCUAGUACUCCCUAAAAGGUUGUGUAAAAGCAGUUCGCUACUUUUAUUGCGGCUGAAUACUUAACAUGUUAAUGGGUCAAUAUCGAAACAGGUUCAACGAACAGCAAUAAGUAGAUUUAAUAAUUUAUACUACAACCAGUUCAGUAUUUUAUGUCAAUAAAUUUCAUUUUUCUCCCCGAUAUUAUUACGGAACGACAGUUGUUUAUACUAGUUCAAGAACUCAUAUUAUUUAUUUUCACCGUUCCGCAGUACCAAUGUUUCUCGUACUUUCGUCGGUAAAAAGAUCUGUUUCUAUGUUGCCUGUUGAACUUAUGUAUUGAUGAUGUACCAUGUCGUGUAUUUUCCAAAUACGCGCAAGUGAAUAAUCUCAAAUUGAAAGUACAGUAGAACUCCAUUUAUAUGAACCUGUCGGCAGACAUGUUGGUUCACAAUCAGAUGGUUCAUAUCAUCAAUACUAUACAUAUAAUACACUCAAUAGAAAUUUGUGUUCAUAUAAGAGGAUCCCGUUCAUGAUAAAAUUCAGUUAAACAAAUAUACAUCACAUAAAUACACAUUACUCUACUAAAAUUUAGUUCAUAUAAACAGAAUUCCACUGUACAUCCAUGAGAUGUCGUGUACUUAAAUUCAAUCUUUGCGGACACGCUCCAUACCAUGAUAAGAAGUGUACAUAAUAUUGUCAAUAAAAGAACGAGCAUUCGUAUAGCCUUUUA